CAUUCCAUAGAAGUUACUGAACAGCAAGUCACGUGGGCAGACGUAAAUAUUCUGUUUGAAUGGUUUAUAAAAGGUGUCACUGUCAAGAGAGGAAUAUAGUACGUUAGGCUAUGAAACGUGUGAUUACAAAUUUUAAAAAAUAGUUCAUCAUUAUUUCUCUACUUGUUGACACUAGUGGUGGUGCAAACUUAUUAUUUCGGAGAAGAAAACGGCACUAGAAAUAGGGAUGCCCGAAGUUAAUAUUCAAAAUAGGGACAGCAAGGUCGCCAAUUCAUGGACAAAAAGUCACGUUAAUGGAAGCAUUGAAGCUCUAGACGUUGGACAGUCAGAAAAUGAACACCGCGGAGGCUGGACGAACCAGUUCGACUUCUUUCUUUCUUGCUUGGGGUAUGCUGUUGGACUCGGGAACGUCUGGCGGUUUCCGUAUCUUUGUUUCAGAAAUGGCGGAGGGGCAUUUCUUGUACCAUAUGUUUUGAUGCUCUCACUAUGCGGGUUACCCGUCUUCUUCCUGGAGUUGUCUCUUGGACAAUUCCAUGGCCAAGGUCCCAAUAUUGCCUUUCGCCACAUGGUACCCAUUUUUCACGGAAUUGGAUAUGCAAUGCUGAUAAUCAGUUUUCUUGUGGUCCUUUACUACAAUAUGAUUAUCGCCUGGACUCUCUUCUACACUUUCGCAUCCUUUACCAGUCAGUUGGGCUGGGAGUUCUGUGGAAACGAGUGGAACACAAUGAGAUGUUACAACGUUGAUCAGUACAAAGAAUGUCUAAACCAGAACUUGACCUACUGGAACAACACGUGUUACGAUGCUGAGGCCUACUGCAACGGAAUUAGCAACUUUACAUUUGGGAACCUGACCCACUGUAUCAACGAAACGGCUCUCUCUCUCAACAAAUCAGCGUACGUUCCUGUAGCCAAGGCAACCAAACGAGUAUCUCCGAGUGAAGAUUAUUAUUUACAUUAUGUGCUCGGAAUUAGUAAUUCCUGGGAGGAGUUUGGAGAAUUACGAUGGCAGCUGGUACUGUGUUUACUGUUGGCCUGGAUUAUUGUAGGCCUGUGCCUUAUUAAAGGUGUUCAGUCCUCAGGAAAGGUCGUGUACUUCACUGCACUGUUUCCUUAUGUCGUGCUAAUAAUUCUUCUGGUACGAGGAGCAACUUUAGAUGGUGCAGCUGAUGGUAUUUACUUCUAUAUCGUUCCGAAGUGGGAAAAGUUAUUAGAAGCUCAGGUUUGGGGUGACGCUGCCGUACAGAUCUUCUAUUCGUUAGGUCCAGGUUUCGGUGGUCUGUUAACCCUAGCGAGUUACAACCGUUUUAACAACAACUGUUACAGAGAUGCCGUAAUCAUCGCCAUGGCAAAUUGUAGCACAAGUGUGUUUGCUGGGUUCGUUAUUUUCUCGAUCUUGGGAUUCAUGGCCUUUACACUGAACGUGCCUGUUGAAGAAGUCAUUGAAUCGGGUCAAGGCCUAGCUUUUAUAGCUUACCCUGAAGCUGUAACCAAGAUGCCCGUGUCGCCACUUUGGGCCUUUCUAUUUUUCUUCAUGUUGAUCACGCUUGGUUUGGAUAGUCAGUUCACCAUGUGUGAGACCCUAGUGACAGCAGUGCAGGACCAGUGGCCCAAUCUUCGCAAGUACAAGCAUUGGGUUGUUAUAGGCACAUGUCUUGUCUGUUUCGUUAUUGGUUUACCAAUGUGCGCAGAAGGAGGAGUCUAUCUCUUUACCCUUAUUGACAGUUAUGCUGCUGGUUGGUCUAUUCUGGUUCUUGGGCUCCUUGAAUGUAUUAUAAUUUCUUGGGUAUAUGGUAUUAAUAGAUAUUGUGAUGACAUUGCUCAGAUGAUUGGAUUUAAACCAAACAUUUAUUGGCGGGUUUCUUGGACUGUAACGACCCCAUUGAUAAUGUUGGGAAUACUUAUAUUCAGCUGGGUAACUUAUACACCAGCGAAGUUUGCAGAGUAUAGUUUUCCAACCUGGGUGAAUGGGAUUGGCUGGGGAAUGGCUGCCAUUUCUGUAAUUAUGAUCCCCAUCUUCGCCUUGUAUGAAGUGAAACAAGCUAUAAAUGAAGGAAAACCUGUGAUAAGCUUGUUCAGGCCAACAAAAGAAUGGGGACCUGCGAUUGGUACGAGUAAGCCUGCAGACAUGACACUACCUUCGCUAGGUGAUGCACCUUAUUUGAAUGAAGUCAAGUUACCUGGUGGCCCCUUCGACAACCCUUCGUUUCAGCACACUACCCAUAUGUAGAAGCGAGGCAAGACUAUCGUAUAUCCUAUGCAUUUUAUACUUUUUAUUAACAAUUUUUAUCUGGAUUAUAGAAAUCUUUGCAUACUGAAGUAGUAUAUACGUUAAAAUCAUUUGAGGAAACGGGGAACGAUUUAGUUCUAGGCUAUCUAUUGCGGAAAACAUUCUACUAAAGUUUCCAUAUUUUCAAGCUCAUGCUUGGGAUUUUCCUUUCUUUUACUUUAUAUAUAUGUGUAUUGGAUUUUAAUCGAUGGUUUUAACUGAUUGAUUUUCUACCACUUGAAAUUCAUGUACCCGCAUUUCUCACAUUCUACCAGUAUUUUAUCAAUUAUUUGACUUAGUUUUAACAUCUUAUUUUCUACCGCGUACGCCCUAAAAUGAGCGACUGUAAUACUUACUUCUUACUCCUGAAAACAAAAUCCCUUGAUA